AUGUCGACAGCGCUGGCACCACCGCCCCCCGCACCGGUCGCGGCCACACCACCCUUGUCUGUGACGAUCUUGACUCCACAGCCGAGCCACUCGAUCAAAGAGGCGUGGACAGAGGCCCAAGUGAAGGACCGCAUGCUCUGGUUCAAAGGAUUCAGGGACAACAAGAAGGGCGGCGUGAUUUUCGACGACAAAGAAGUGCUGAAAAAACAACAGGGAGUUGUCAAGGACAUCAUGCUUCAGCUUGGCGCGCAGCUGCUCAGUGGCAAGCUCGCGGUGAGGCUGUCCCUCCCCAUUCGCCUUUUUGAGCCGCGAUCGCUCCUCGAGCGCAUUCCAGAUGCGUGGGCAUACGCACCGACGCUGCUCGCCAAGGCGGCUCACGCCACCGAGCCACUCGACCGUUUGCAGCAUGUGAUGGCGUUCGUCGUGGCGGGUUUGCACUUUUGCGUUGGCCAGAGCAAACCGUUCAACCCGAUCUUGGGCGAGACGUACCAGAGCACGUUUCCCGACGGCACGUCUGUGUACUUGGAGCACGUGCAGCACCACCCGCCCAUCAGCGCGUACUUCGUGGAAGGACCGAACGCGCUGUUUACCCUGUCCGGGCUGUGUGAAUUCGAAGCCCAUUUGGCCGCCAACACCCUCAUCAACGCCCAGGCUGGCAAAGUCACCGUGCGCUUUGCCAACGGGUCCGAAGUGCACUAUGAUAUGCCAAAGUUCAAAAUGCACGGGGUCGUGCUGGGGGAGCGCAUGUUUGAGUUUGCAGGCGAGUGCGAGUUUCACGACGUGUCGUCCGAUCUCCGCGGCAAGCUCGACAUGGAGGGCAAUUCGUCAUUCUUGGGGCGCAACCACCACGACGAUAUCAAGGGGACGAUCACGUCGCCUCCGACCAAGAAAGGAGACCUCGACGAAGCGCAGAAGCAGAAGCUCCUCAUGGAAGAAGACCAGCGCCGAGACCACCGCUUGCGAGGCCAUGAAGAGUGCGGCGGAAAAGACAAGCGGCACAGCACCAGAUAA